CUGUCUGUGUGAGAGACGAAUGGUUGGUGGUAGACCGUAGUGGGAAGGAAGUUGUCUAGUGUGAAGAGAAGAAGAGAGGAGUAAUAACACGUCUGCAAAGGAAAGGCCUCGCCUCGGUCCUUCAUUUUCCUUCUUCUCUUCCUUUUUCUCCCCAAAAGGAAAGGAAAAUCUACACUUUUAUACGACAACUAUCGAACUUCUUCAACUCUAUUAACUACUUGACCCACAAAACCAAAGACAAAAAUGUUGUCCAUUCGAUCCCCUACUUCUCAGCUGCUGCUUAGAAGUUGUAGUUACUACUCUACUACAGCAUCGGCUGCGGCUGUUGAAGCUGAGAGAACUAUCCGACAAGGUCCUAGAAACGACUGGACACGCCAACAGAUCAAGUCCAUCCACGAUUCUCCUGUUCUUGAUCUCCUUUUCCACGGAGCUCAAGUUCACAGAUAUGCUCAUAACUUUAGAGAGGUGCAGCAGUGUACCCUCCUCUCAAUCAAGACUGGUGGAUGUAGCGAGGAUUGUUCAUAUUGUCCUCAAUCCUCUAGGUAUCAUACAGGGCUAAAGGCCCAAAAGCUUAUGACCAAGGAAGCCGUAAUGCAGGCAGCUAAACAGGCAAAGGAGGCUGGUAGUACACGUUUUUGCAUGGGUGCUGCAUGGAGAGACACAGUAGGAAGGAAAACUAACUUCAACCAAAUUCUUGAAUAUGUAAAAGACAUUAGGGAUAUGGGGAUGGAGGUGUGUUGCACUUUGGGCAUGUUAGAGAAGCAGCAGGCUCUUGAACUCAAGAAGGCAGGUCUUACAGCUUACAACCAUAAUCUUGAUACCUCAAGAGAAUAUUACCCAAACAUUAUUACAACAAGAACUUAUGAUGAGCGGUUGGAAACCCUUCAACAUGUCCGUGAAGCGGGAAUUAAUGUCUGUUCAGGUGGAAUUAUAGGGCUUGGAGAAGCAGCAGAGGACCGGGUUGGUUUGUUGCACACAUUGGCAACGCUCCCCAGUCACCCAGAGAGUGUUCCCAUUAAUGCCUUGGUUGCAGUGAAAGGCACGCCUCUUCAAGAUCAAAAGCCUGUCGAAAUAUGGGAGAUGAUUCGGAUGAUUGCCACUGCUCGUAUUGUCAUGCCAAAAUCAAUGGUUAGGUUGUCAGCUGGCAGAGUUCGUUUCUCCAUGCCUGAGCAGGCAUUGUGUUUUCUUGCUGGCGCCAAUUCUAUCUUCACUGGUGAGAAGCUGUUGACAACUCCUAACAAUGAUUUUGACGCUGAUCAACUCAUGUUCAAAAUCCUUGGAUUGAUUCCAAAAGCUCCCAGUUUUUCUGAGGAAGAAGCAGAGGGUUCUGAAGCAGAAAAUUGUGAGGAAGCUCUGUCAAGUUCAGGUUGAGGCUCCUGAUUCGAAGCAGUGCCUUUAUUUGCUAGUUAUCAGUUGUAAGGGAUUCCUGGGGAAUAAAUGGUCAUUAGAUUCUGUUCUUGAGACUGUCAAAGGUCCAAGGCUUUGGAUAGUUUUAAUAUCAUGGGAUGAAAAUAUGCUUAAUCCGAGGUUUGGUAUUAAAUGGCCAUUGGUGGUGGGACCUGCACCAUGGUCUUGCUUUUUUACUGGAACCUUAACUACAGCAGUCUAUUCAAUUUCGGUAUAAUCCUUAUAUCAGGUUAUCGGAAAUUAUUAAAUUGAUUGAAA